AUGUUUUUCAACGAGGUUGUCGCCAACUAUUACAAAGACAUCCCGCCUCAAAAUGACUCUAGCUGUUCACAGGGUGAUGAACCUAGUAAGCAAGCAAGCAAAUUAGCACAUCAGGGCAUCCACGGGAACACGUGUCCCUCUGACUCCGCCCACCAUUCACGCCCAGGCGACAGUAAAGACUACUGCUAUUGGCUGAUUCACACGGAACAAUCCGCCGAGGACAGCAACGCUCUUUGCCAGGAGAAUGGCGGAAUACUCUCCACCAUACCUGAUCAAGAUGCCCAAUUAUUCGUGGAGAAAAUCAUCAUGUCUAAAGACGAUCAUUUUGAAGCAUAUAUCGGCAUCAACGACAUUGUGGAAAACAAUGUUUAUCGAACGUAUGACGGGGAGAUACAGACGUACUUCAACUGGGCGGAUCAUUUUCUAGACAACAUUCCCGACUACCAAUGUGUCGUCAUUUCCAGAAAGUCGCAUCUGAAAUGGAAUGACAUUUUCUGCUAUUUCAACAAACAGGCAAUCUGUUCUAAGUCUAUCCCAAGGGAUGGAAUCGUUCAGUCUGUCACAUCUUAUAACCAGACGUCUGUUACACCACGCUAUGAAGCCGGAGAUAAUUCUGUCAAUUCUUAUACGAACCGUAAGAUCACGACCAGUAAUCCCUUAGCGUCGCGACAACCACAAGUUUUAUCGUCUUUAAAUAACACUGAUGCCGGAAUGGAUUCUGAUUCUGUUGUGUCAGACCUAUCGGUGAAUCAGGGGUCAGAUACACCAGUGACACAUGGGUCAGAUACACCAGGGAAUCAGGGGGCAGAUACAACACUGAAUCAUGGGUCAGAUACACCACUGACUCAAGGGCCAUAUACACCAGUGACUCAAGGGUCAGAUACACCAGUAAAUCAGGAGUCAGGUACACUAAUGACACAAGGAUCAGAUACACCAGGGAAUCAGGGGGCAGAUACAACACUGAAUCAAGGGUCAGAUACACCAGUGACUCAAGGGCCAUAUACACCAGUAAAGCAGGGGUCAGAUACAUCAAUGACACAAGGAUCAGAUACAUCAGUGACUCAGGGGUCAAAUACAUCGGUGGAUCAGGGGUCAGAUACAUCAGUGAAUCAUGGGUCAGUUAAACCAAUGACACAAGGGUCAGAUACAUCGGUGAAUCAGGGGUCAGAUACAUUGGUAAAUCAGGGGUCAAGUACAUCGGUAAAUCAGGGGUCAAAUACAUCGGUGAUUCAAGGGUCAGAUACAUUAGUGAAUCAGGGGUCAGAUACAGCAACGAUGCAAGAGUCAGAUACACCAGUGACUCAAGGGUCAGGUACAGCAGUGACUCAAGGUUCAGAUACAUUAGUGAAUCAGGGGUCAGAUACACCAAUGAAUCACGGGUCAGAUACACCAGUGACACAGUGGUCAGAUACACCAGUGACUCAAGGGUCAGAUACACCCGUGACACAAGGGUCAGAUACACCAAUGUCACAAGGGUCAGAUACACCAGUGACUCAAGGGCCAUAUACACCAGUAAAGCAGGGGUCAGAUACAUCAAUGACACAAGGAUCAGAUACAUCAGUGACUCAGGGGUCAAAUACAUCGGUGGAUCAGGGGUCAGAUACAUCAGUGAAUCAUGGGUCAGUUAAACCAAUGACACAAGGGUCAGAUACAUCGGUGAAUCAGGGGUCAGAUUCAUUAGUGAAUCAGGGGUCAGAUACAUUGGUAAAUCAGGGGUCAAGUACAUCGGUAAAUCAGGGGUCAAAUACAUCGGUGAUUCAAGGGUCAGAUACAUUAGUGAAUCAGGGGUCAGAUACAGCAACGAUGCAAGAGUCAGAUACACCAGUGACUCAAGGGUCAGGUACAGCAGUGACUCAAGGUUCAGAUACAUUAGUGAAUCAGGGGUCAGAUACACCAAUGAAUCACGGGUCAGAUACACCAGUGACACAGUGGUCAGAUACACCAGUGACUCAAGGGUCAGAUACACCCGUGACACAAGGGUCAGAUACACCAAUGUCACAAGGGUCAGAUACACUAAUGACACAAGGUUCAGAUACACAAGUGACUCCAGGGUCAGACACAGCAGUGACUCAAGAGUCAGAUACAUUAGUAAAUCAAGGGUCAGAUACACCAAUGUCACAAGGGUCAGAUACACCAAUGACACAAGGUUCAGAUACACCAGUGACUGAAGGGUCAGAUACACCAGUGACUGAAGGGUCAGAUACACCAGUGACACAAGGGUCAGAUACGCUGGUGAUUCAAGGGUCAAAUACACCAGUUACUCAAGGGUCAGAUACGCUGGUGAUUCAAGGGUCAAAUACACCAGUGACACAAGGGUCAGAUACACCAGUGACUCAAGGGUCAGAUAUAUCGGUGACGCAAGAGUUAGAUACACAAGUGAAUCAGGGGUCAGGUACACCAGUACAUCAAGGUUCUGAUACACCAAUGACACAAGGGUCAGAUACACCAGUGAUUCAGGGGUCAGAUACACCAGUGAUUCAGGGGUCAGAUACAUCAAUGCAUCAGGGAUCAGAUACACCGGUGACACAGGGAUCAGAUACAUUAGUGAACCAGGGGUCAGAUACACUAGUGAAUCAGGGGUCAGAUACACAGUUGAAUCAGGGGUCAGAUACAUUGUUGAAUCAGGGCUCAGAUACAGCAUUUAAUCAAGGGUCAUAUACAUUAGUGAAUCAGGGCUCAGAUACACCAGUGCCACAAAGGUCAGAUACACCAACAACACACGGGUCAGGUACACCAGUGAAUCAAGGGUCAAAUAUACCAAUAACACAAGUGUCAAAUACACCUAUGACAGAAGGGUCGGUUACACCAAUGACUCAACGGUCAGGUACACCAGUGACUCAAUGGCCAGGUACAACAAUGACACAAGGGUCAGAUACGCCAGUGAAUCAAGGUUCAAAUAAACUCGCGACUCAAGUUUUAGAUAAACCAACGACACCAGGGUCAGGUGCACCCUUAACUCAAGGGUCAGGUUCAGCAGUCACACAUGUGUCAGAUACACCAGUGAAUCAAGGGUCAGAUACACCAAUACAUCAAGGGUCAGAUACACCAGUGACUCAAUGGUCGGGUACACCAGUUACUCAAAGUUCAGAUACAGCAGUAAAUCACGGGUCAGGUACACCAUUCAUACAAGAGUCAGGUACACUCGUGACUCAGGGGUCAGAUACACCAGUGAUUCAAGAUCCAUAUACACCAAUGACACAAGGGUCAGAUACACCAGUGACUCACGAUUCAGAUACAACAAUGAAUCAGGGCUCAUAUACACCAACGACACAAGGGUCAGGUACACCAAUGAAUGAGGGGUCAAUUACAACAGUGAAUCAGGGGUCAGGUACACCAUUCAUACAAGAGUCAGGUACAGCAGUCACACAUAUGUCAGAUACACCAGUGAUUCAAGAUUCAGAUACACCAGCGACACAAGGGUCAGAUACACCAAUGAAUCAGGGGUCAGGUACACCAACGACACAAGGGUCAGAUACAACAGUGAAUCAGGGGUCAGAUACACCAAUGAAUCAGGGGUCAGGUACACCAACGACACAAGGGUCAGAUACAACAGUGAAUCAGGGGUCAGAUACACCAGUGAAUCAGGGGUCAGGUACACCAACGACACAAGGGUCAGAUACAACAGUGAAUCAGGGGUCAGAUACACCAGUGAAUCAGGGGUCAGGUACACUAAUGACUCAAGAGUCACGUCUCUCUGUAAAUCAAGGGUCAGAUACACCGGUGAAUCAAGGAUCCAAAUCACCAGUGACACCCUUGUCAGAUACUACGGUGACUCAAGGAUCAAGUACAUACGGGAAUGAAAGGCUGGGCGUACCGGAUAUAUCAUUACCAUCCAUAAUAUCGAAUCCCAAAACUGUUAUAACAUUUCCACCCACACCUGCCACACGUAUGGAGCAUCAGGAAGAAAGACAGGGGAUUUCACCACCGUCACUUAAUGUAACGAAGAACCUUCCAGAUCUAGAAAUCAUCAACAGCUUCGGUACCUCAAUAGCAGCCAGUGGGAAGUUCUUUCGUCGGACGGGCGAUAAGGGUGAGGGCUCCAAGGGGGCCCCGCUCAAGUCAGUGAACGCUCGGAGUGCCGUGGACUGUGCAAGUAUAUGUCAAAGGUUAACACUGUGCCAUUCCUUCUACUACGACCGCUUCACUUCCGCCACGUGCGUCAUUUAUGACGACAAAACAUAUGAAUACACAGCGUCGAUGACAGGAAUGGCGUAUUUUGUAAAGGCAGUAUAGGGUUUCGGAAAAAAAAUCGCUCAUCGACUUUCCAGAAAGCUAUGAUAAUUCCAGAGGUGUUCCGAUUGGGCUAUGACAGAUAUAGUGAUGACGUAAAAGACUUAUGUGUCAUGACAGCAGUGUGUAGCUUAACGUGCAUUAAGGAUGGUUUUAAGUGUUAAAUCAGCUGUUGGCGAUGCAAAUAUUCUAGAAUGAGUUCCGGAAAAUAAAUAUGAUAAUACAA